AUGUCUUUACAACAACUGGAGGAGCUGUGCCAAGGUGUUGUGAGACGCUACCAGAAUGCUGGCGAGCCAGAGCCUGAGGUCAUCUAUGUUGACCGGGAUUGCUGCAGUCAGUUAGGUGCACCUGCGGUGCUAAAUCUUUUUCGGCCAUGGAAGUCUAUUGUACGGCUAGAUGUCUUCCAUUUCAUGAGAAGAUUCAACUGUGGCCUUACUACAGAGCACCACCCUCUCUAUGGUACCUUUUGUUCAAAACUUUCCUCUUGUAUUUUUGAGUGGGAUCAGGAGGAUGUAAAAGAACUUAAGGCGGCCAAGACAGGGGACUGGAAGAACAGCCAUGGUGGACAGGCUCCCACUGAGAUUAACCACCCCGCGGCACACGCGGCACUUGGAUUAAGCACUGCUUCUGCUGCCGCUCAACCAUCCACAUCUGGUCAGAGGCAGUUGAAUAUGGCCCAGGCAUUUUCCAAGGCGACAAAAUAUAAAAAAGACAGCGACAAAUGGCGAGUGCUAACAGAUAGUGUGACUAGAUAUAUGGUAUUAGGAAUGGUACCCUUCCGCACAGUGGAAAACAGUUCAUUUAAAGAAAUGCUGAAUACUUUCGACAAACAGUACGAGUUGCCUGGGAGAAAGUAUUUUUCUCAAACAGCUGUUCCGGCCUUGUAUAGUAAGGUAAAGGGUGAGGUGCAAAGAGAACUCCAGGAAAUCAGUAAUUUUGCACUGACAACAGAUAUGUGGUCAAGCGUGAAUAUGACCCCAUACAUGAGCCUCACCGUUCACUACCUCACAAAAGACUGGUCACUGAAAUCCAAGUGUUUGGAAACAAGCUACACGCCCGAAAGCCACACAGCGGAACAUUUGUCCGAAUGCCUGCAGUUAGCGUUGUACGACUGGGGUCUGGAUGAAAAUAAGCUGUCGUGUAUCACUACCGAUAAUGGGGCGAACAUUGUUGCUGCAGUAAGGCAAUUAGGAUGGCCGUGGCUAAAUUGUUUUGGCCAUAAUUUGCAUCUGGCUGUUACAAACGGUGUAAACAGUGAAGCUGCCCGAACAGGUCGAGCUCUAGGUCUAUGUCGGUCCCUAGUGAGCGCUUUUUCUCAGAGCUGGAAGAAAAAGAAAGAGCUGAUAAAAGCACAAACAGAACUCCAAAUCCCACAGCACAGCCUUAUUCUGGAUUGUCCGACACGGUGGGGAACAAAACAGAAAAUGGUUGAGAGAAUUUUGGAACAAGAGCAAGCGAUCGCACGUGUCCUGGUCUCAGAUAGAAAGCACCAGCAUCUGAUUCUUAAAUGGCAAGAUAAAGAAGUUUUAACAUCGCUUCAAGAAUCUCUAAAACCUGUGGCUGACUUUACCGACAUUCUAUCUGGGGAACGUUAUGUAACAGUUUCUUCAGUAAAGCCUGUCCUGCAACUGUUGACAUGCGAUCUUUUAAAACCAAAACCAAAUGAAACGGAUCUGACACAAAAUAUAAAACGCAAAAUGUCCAGCGUAAUGGAAGACAAGUACAGUGCCCCAGUCACUCAGGAGCUUUUGGCAAAGUCAUCUUUCCUUGACCCAAGAUACAAAGGCAACGGGGGGGAUGGAUUGGAGGAGACAAGAGAUGUACUCCGGGGAGAAAUUGUAUCAGCUGACGAGGGAAACGGAGGCGGAGUUAGUGGUGCUUCGGAGGCUGCUACUGCUGGAGACGAUCCGGGAGAGGUCUGUGCACCACCCCCUUCCAAGAAGAGAAAUCUUGGAGAUCUCCUUAGUAAACGGAGGUCUGAAAUCUCUGCACCUUUACCGAUCAGAGCGCGCGCUGACGCGGAGUUAACACGCUAUCAACAGGAACAAACAAUUGACUCCACGGCUGAUCCACUAGCAUGGUGGAGAGACAAUGAAACCCGCUAUCCGCUCUUAGCAAAAUUGGCACGUAAAUACAUGUGUAUUUGUGCUACAAGCACAGCAUCAGAGCGAGUUUUUAGCACAGCUGGUAACAUAGUCACUUCUGUCAGAUCGUCACUAAAACCAAGUAAAGUGAACAUGUUGGUGUUCCUGUCACGGAACUUGGAAGUCAAGAAAGAUUAG